GGAAUAUGUCAAAAUGAUCUAAUAAGUUACUGAUAUUUUCAUCUGACCGAUAAUCCGCAAACUGGUAAUGUUUGCGCAACGAAUUCGAGGGCUCUUCACGAUGACGAAGAAGAGUCCUUGUUCCAUUCAAGCUUUAUACGACCUUUGUAAGCAGACUUUUGCGCCUUCUGCGACUUCAUCACCUUCUUCUCAAGCUAUCCACAAACUGUAUUCCCUUUUGGAUACAAUUGGUCCUGAAGAUGUUGGACUGAAAGAUGAAAGCCUAGAUGAUGAAAGAGGUCAUGGUCUUUUUGGACUCAAUGUCUUCAACAGGGUGGAUCGGUGGGCUCAACCGAUAACAUAUGUAGAUAUUCACGAGGGUCAAAACUUUACAAUGUGUAUGUUUUGUUUCCCAACUUCUGCUGUCAUUCCAUUGCAUGAUCAUCCUGGAAUGACUGUUUUGAGUAAAGUCCUCUAUGGAUCCUUGCACGUGAAAGCUUAUGAUUGGGUUGAGCCAGCUUGCAUCAGGAAAAGUGAACGUGUUGGUCAUCCUACAGUGAGACUAGCUAGGUUGGCGGUUGAUAAGGUCGUAAGUGCACCACAUGGUACAUCUGUUUUGUAUCCCAAGAGUGGAGGGAAUCUGCACUGUUUUACUGCCGUUACACCUUGUGCAGUUCUGGACAUUCUUGCUCCUUCUUAUCUUGAAGCAGCUGGCAGAAGAUGUACCUACUACCAUGAUUAUCCUUAUUCCAGCUUUGCAAAUGGAGAUGAAAUUGUAGGUAAUGGAAAAGAACAAGACUAUGCAUGGCUUGCUGUGGUUGAUACACCAGAGGAUCUGUACAUGCGCCCAGGAAGUUACAUGGGUCCAGACAUCCAGAGGUAGCAAUAUACGUUUUCCGGCAUUUGAUUAAGUAUGGAGUGUGGAUGUUCAUGGAGCCCUUUUAUUGUGACCCUACCCAAGAUUGACCUAUAAAUCAGUUAUUGAUGCUUAACUGCUGUGUAUUGUUACUGUGUUUUCUUUCUUCCGUUUUCUUCAUAAUUUUCAAGAAGGCUGUUGAUCAUGUUGUUAGAAUCAUGAAAAUGCUACAGUAUUAUAUCGUAGUCAAGCAUUUGGAACUUUAUAUUGGAGUUUGUAUUAGUUCCCAACUUAUGGGACUACAGUAGGUAGUAUUAGUUCCAUAUGAUCACCAUCUGCUCCCCACAUGUCAACGAAGUAUUUUCCUCAAUAUAAACUUUUGAGCCAUUGUAA